GUUAAAAAUAACGAAAAUUUUUUUUUUUUUUAUUUUUAUAUACAUAUUAUAUUAAUUAUACACAAAAAUCUUUUAUAUUUUUUUUUUUAUUUUUUUUUUUUUAUAAAAAAUUUUAAUAAUAAAUAAUUUUAUAUUUCAUUAAAAAAAUAUUUACACCUUUAACGAAAUUUUAAAAAUAUAAAAUUUUUUUCUUUUUUUAAAAAAAAAUGAUAUCUUUAGAAGAUAAUUUAAAAUUUAAAGAAGGUCAUCUUUCAAUUUUAUCAAGUGACGGUAAAGUUUUCAAAAAAAGAUAUUGUGUAUUUAAAAAUAGAAUUUUAUUUAUUUUUGAAAAUAAACAAAGAUCAGAUAUUCAAUCAUCAAGUUAUCAGGUAUUACAUUUUAUACCUUUAAUUAGAUGUGGUAUAAUAGCAACAGCAAUUCAAGAUGGACCAAAUGGAAAACCAUUUUGUUUUAAAUUAUCACACGAAAAUGAUGAAAAUAUUUUUUAUUGGUUAUCUGAUGAAACUGAAGAUGGAAUGAAAGAAUGGGUUAGGGUUUUACAAAUGCAUUGUUCCAUCCAAAAGGAACCAGAAAAAGUUCAAGUUAGAGGUCGUUCAAAAUCAAUAGCUUUUAAACCUGGUGCUCUUCAAAUUGCAGGUAUCUCUAAUUUUAAAGGUUGGCUUAAAAAAUAUACUACUGCUGGUACAUUUAGACGUACGUUACAAUGGAAGAAAAGAUGGUUUGUUUUAAAGGAUAUGGUUUUAUACUAUUAUGAUAGUCCGGAAUCCAAUGAAAUUAAAGGCAGAAUCUCAAUUCCAAAUUGGAGCGUAGAAAUCGACACAAAUAUACCAAUUGGUUUUUGCUUUAACCUUUCACAUCCUGGUUAUGAGACUAUUACUCUUCAAGCUGAAAGUGAUGAAGAAAGAAAGAAAUGGGUCCAAAAUAUUAAAGAAAAUAAUAGAAUGCUUACCAAAACAUUGGCCUCACCAUCAGAAGUAGCUCAAUUAAAACACUGGAUAAAGAAAAUAACAUCUUUAGAUAUUCAAAAUGAUCCAACUGAUUUAGUUUGUAAUGCCUCAUUUGUUGCAAAUAUAUUGGAUAAGGUAGGUUUCAAGGUUCAAUUAACCGAAAGAUCAAAUCAAUCUCAAAGACAGGUAGAUAAUGAAUGGACCAUCACCAAUUUUGAUAAUAUUAUAAAAGCCUUAGUAUUUAAAGGUGUCAAGUUCGAACAAGAGAUCAUACCUGAAGAUUUUAUCAACUCUGAUCCAAUGGUUUUAAAUUUUGCAAUAUCAAUUAUGAAUCAUUUCGAUCCUCAACCUGCCAUUAAAAUUAAUAAUAUAAGUAUAAAAAAUAAUAAUGAUGAUAUAGGUACAAAUAACAAUAAUUAUAGUAAUAACAGUAAUAAUCAUGUUCCAAUUGGAUCAAUACCAAAAUCAGUUUCUAGUUCAUCAAUAAAUACUUCAGCACCAACAACACCAAGAUCAAUGGUUUCAGAUAUUUCAUCAAAUGACAAUCCAACAGAUUCAAAUAAUACAAUAAAUUUAAAUAAUAAUUUAUCAGUUAAUAAUACUAUUGCUAGUAGAAAGAGUUCAAGUUUUGAAGUUUCUAAAAGAGAUAUUAAAAAAUUCUUUACCAUUGGUAGAAGUAGCGAUACAAGUAAGAAAUUUAAAGAAGAAAAAUUAAAAGAGGAAAAACAAACUGAAAAAUCAAUAGAAAAAUCAACAGAAAAAUCAACAGAAAAAUCAUUACCAACCGAAAAUAAAACUCCAGUUAAACAACAAGAGCCCACUAUGCCAACAAAGCAACAAGAGCCUACAACACCUGCUAAACAAGAGCCAACAAUAGCAACUACACCAAUUAAACAACAAGAACCAGUUUCACCAAUUAAACAACAAGAACCAACACCAAUUAAAACACCAUUCAAAUCAAAGAGUGAUGAAGAAGAUAUCAAUAUCAUUAGCUCAUUAGAUGUUAGUUUAAAUUUAGAUUCAAUUCUAUCACCAGCUCCAGUUCACCACAAUGAUGAUUUUAACGCAACACCCCAAGCUACUCCUACCAAAUCUUCACCAAGAUUAGUUUCACCAUUUAGAAAUUUAAAAAGAGUCGAGACUCAAGAUGUGUUGGGUGAAUUUGACAAAAUUUUUUCAUCUCUUUCAAAAAUUUAUAAAAAUUGCGAAGUCUGUAAAGAGCCAAUUGCAAGCGAACCAAUUGAAAUUUCAUGUGGCAAAGCAUGGCAUAAAGAUCACUUUAAUUGCUGUGUUUGUUCAAAAGCACUUUUAGGAUUUGAAGAAAUACCUUUUAUUGAAAGAGAAGAAAAUAUUUAUUGUAAAGAAGAUCACGACAAAACAUUUAAAGAUAGUAAUUGUAUAGAAUGUAAUAAAACAUUAAUGAUUACAUUUGCAUAUAAAGGUAAACUUUUAUGUAGAGAACAUUAUUUAAAUUAUGUUAGUGAUACUAUUUGUCAAAGUUGUGAACAACCAAUAGGAUCAAACAAACCAUAUCAAGAAUUUGAAAAUAAAAAAUGGCAUGUUGAACAUUUUAAAUGUUCAUAUUGUAGUAAAACUUUACCCGAUCCUCUUGUCGCUAAAUUUAAAGCCUCUAAACCUUACUGUGGUGCAUGUCAAAUCAAAUUGUUUUAGGGAAAAAAAUUUAAAAAAAAAAAAAAAAAAAAAAAAAAAAAUAAACUAUUUUAGUUUUUUAUUUAUUUCC